AUGCUCGAGUUGUACUUCUUCACAGACCGGGCCACCACGAAAGACGUGGUGCUUUUGCCCGCGCUUUGCCAUGACAUGGCUCUUUUCUCCAUCGCUUUGCAGCUGGUGCUCCUCGUGCUGAUCCUGUCGUACCUGUUGUUGAAGGCUCUGUUUGAUCGCGUUGCGAUCAUUGCGCGAGCGAGGAGAGAUGCUUUAGAGGAGGCCGCGCAGGAGCAGGAACCGAGGUUCAGGAUAGAGCUGCAGCCGCCGAGCAAAUCCCUGCGGUUUGGCAUCAAAUGGGAUCCCGACCUCCGGUAUAUGAUCAAGACCCUCAAGGCGGAAGGUGAGGAAGGCCUUACGAGAUUUUUGGAGAACGAGGUCUUUGUCUGGAAGCUGCGGAGCUACGUGCGGAACAAGCUCUCCAAGGCUUUCAAGAUGAAUAUCAAGCGAGAUACGAUGAUCAGGCUGCAGCAGCAGAGGCAGCUUCGCGAACGAACUGCACAGAAGACUCCCGAGCAGGAGAUACAAGACCGACAUGCUCUACGAGAGCUCUUUGGGCAAGCGGGGCAACCGGCGGCUGUUGCUCAAGAGCCGGCGCCCGUGAUCCAGGAAGCCUUGGAGAAGCGAGCGGCUUCUCAAGGGCCACCGGUGGAAGAGGAGCCGGAGAAGCCCGACCCGUUUUUGGCCAUGCUGAUUGCAACAUCACAGAGAAAGCUACUGGACCCUCCCCGGAUGUCACCAGAAGAUGCUGCGGCUCUGGCCUCCAUGAAAUCGGAGGGACCUGCGAGCAGCCCAGAGCGACGCAUGGAGGCUGGGAAGAAGCCGAUGGAUGCCCACACGUCCCCCGCCGGGGAUGUUGUAGCCAUGGCAUCGAUGGCAGGAGAGGAACGCCCGCUUGAAGCAGCCAAAUCUGCAGCAAGUAUGAUGACAACAAAGCAACCCGUGCAAGCAGAGGCACCGUUGGUCUGCCCAACGCUCAUUGAAACCUCGCAGACCAGGCGACUUGACACUGAACUGUCACCCGAAGAUGCCGCUGCUCUGGCCUGUCUCAUGGCAGAGGAACCUGUCAGCAACUCCGAAGCUUGGUUCUUGUGA